AUGGGGAUGAUGAGGAGUACCAAUGAGAGCAAACUAACAGGUUUCAUCCUUUUGGGGUUUUCUGAUUACCCUCAGUUACGGAAGGUUUUAUUUGUGGUCAUUUUGAUCUUGUAUUUAUUAACCAUUUUCGGGAAUACCACCAUCAUUCUGGUAUCUCGUCUGGAAUCCAAGCUUCAUACACCAAUGUAUUUCUUCCUUUCUCAUCUCUCCUUUUUGGAUAUCUGCUUUACCAGCAGUGUUAUUCCUCAGCUCCUGGUAAACUUGUGGAAUCCUAUGAAAAACAUCACUUACAGUGGCUGUGUGGUUCAGCUCUAUGUUUCUCUUGCCCUGGGAUCCACAGAGUGUGUCCUCCUGGCUGUGAUGUCCUAUGAUCGCUACAUCGCCGUCUGCCGUCCCCUCCACUACACUGUCUUAAUGCAUCCCCAUCUUUGCAUGGCCCUGGCAUAUUUGGCAUGGCUCAGUGGGGUGGUCACUACUCUAGUACAGUCCACUCUCACCCUGCAGCUACCUUUCUGUGGACAUCGUCAAGUGGAUCAUUUCAUCUGUGAGGUCCCUGUGCUCAUCAAGUUGGCUUGUGUGGACACCACUUUCAAUGAGGCUGAGCUCUUUGUAGCUAGCAUCAUCUUCCUUAUAAUACCUGUUUCCAUCAUCCUGGUUUCCUAUGGCUACAUAGCCCAAGCAGUUUUGAGGAUUAAGUCAGUUUCUGGAAGAAAGAAAGUAUUUGGAACCUGCUCCUCCCACCUGAUGGUUGUCAUAAUCUUCUAUGGAACCAUCAUCUUCAUGUAUCUGCAGCCAGCCAAGAGUAGACCCAAGGACCAGGGAAAGUUUGUUUCCCUCUUUUACACUGUGGUGACCCCCAUGCUCAACCCUCUUAUCUAUACUUUGAGAAAUAAAGAGGUUAAACGGGCACUAAAGAAAGUUCUAGGAAAGAUUCUGGGAAUAAAUUUUACAUGA